AUACACAUAAGAAAAGACUGAAAUUUGUUGAGCAUUCGAUUAAGAUAUUUCAACAAUUGCACUUUGAGAUAAGAUCUUGAUGACAAAAAGACAAAAGAUUAUUUUCUGUAGUAAUUAAAUUCAUUCAAUUUCAAUAAUUUAUUACAGAUUUUUUCUAUUUUAAAAAGAGAAAUUUUGCACACAAACAAUGUCUACCUUUAAUUAACAUAUUCAAUAAAAAAACCCAGUUCGAAAAAUUGGGGGCCUAUAUAUACGCUUGCAAACGAUAUUAUAAGUAUCAUAUUUCGUAUACGACUGUAUCUUAUGACUCAAUACUAUGACCGUAUAUCUCCGUGGCUAUAUAUGGAGCAGUACAGCCAUUGACGAUGAAAAAAAAGGACACUGUAUAUACGGCUUUCGAGGACGAAGAAAGUAAAAGAGCAUUCUUUUGCUUCGAAUACGAAACGAAUAUAAACGAUAACAAUAUUGAGCUAUGUACAUAUAUCGUUAGAUUUCUCUGUUUACGACUGUGCUUGUUUAACUAGGGAAGUUCAAAGAUGUGAAAUCGAAUGAAAAGAUUUUAGCAUAUUUGAUGAAAGUUUUUUUUUUUUUGUUAAAUUUAAUGUUUCAGUAGUUUCUGAUUUGAACACAGAUAUUGAAAAAAAGAAUUAUAAGAACUUUAUUAGAAUGUCUAAUUUAACUGGAAAAUUCGAUCGCUUUUUUUGCUAUAUUAUUUUUUACAUACCAGGAAAAAGUCUAAUCAAACACACUAAUGAAUAGAAAAAUAUUAUCUAUCUUUCAUCAUUAUACCCUAAAUUGACAAGGUUUUUCUUCUUAAUGUGUAUCAAAUAACAACUAAGCAUCUGUGACAUCAGCACAUUACACUUUAAUCAUUAAAAAACUAAGAGAAAAAGUUUACUGUUGAAAUUUAAUAUAGAAAUAAAUUAAUCAUAAGAAUCUGGAAGAAUCUUUUCUUUUUUUAUAUGAAAUGCAAUGCAAUUAACUGCAUUAAAUAUGACUGAUUGAAGCAUUUACUUUUUUCCAGCUUGAAUGAUGAUUAUAUUUGAAAAUGUUUUCAACAUUUUUUUUUCUUUUAUAUUUAUCGAAUUAAUCAAAUGGCUUUUUUAAUACUGUUUACCAUCUGUUCGACAGUUGAAUUGGAAAGCGGAAAUCAAAAGUCAAACGAAUAGUCACUAGGUGUUUUAUACUAAAUGUUACCGAUUACAACCCAUGAUAAACUGAUUUGUUCAACAUGAACUUUUUUUCUUUUUUUUUUUUUUUUUUUGUAAUUCCAUCAAUUGAUAUAUAAAGAGAAUAUGAAUUGAUUUUUCAGCGGCAUCUGUCAUGCAUAAUUUGAUUGGUGAAUUUCGGUACAGUUAGCUGAAUAGAAAAGUUGAGAAAGAAUAACAAGGGGGGCAAAAGGACAAUGAGCAAAUCUGAAACACGUAAACGACAUCGAACAACAAGUGGAAACAGUGAUUCAGACUCCGAUUCAGAUUCAUCACAGUCAAAACAAAUCUUUGCUGAUGGUUAUGAUGAAAAUUAUCGUGGAGAUGCUAAUGAUCGAGCUUGGUUAAAAACUUUAUCUGAACGUGAACGUGAAGCAGAAUUAUUAAAAAGACAUGAACAACGUGAAAUAAUCAAACGUCGUGAAGAAAUAAAUAAAAGACUUAAAUCAAAAGCUGAAGAAUCAGGAAUAAAAAGUGAAGAAGAAGGUGAAAUAGAUGAUCAUGAUGAUGAUGAAAGUGAUCAUGAAAAAACAAAUGAAAAUUCUACACGUAAAUCAAAUUUAUUUGAUAAUGAUAUAUAUGCUGAAGAUGAUGAUGAUGAUUAUCGAUCAUCAACAAAUAAACGAAAACAAAUUAAUGCUUCGAAACAAAAAGAAACUGAACAUAGUAAAUCACUUCAAUUAUUAGUUGAAGGACGAAAGAAAAAACAAGGUAAGAAUAAUCUCUAA